UUUGACUGCGGAGCGAAGAACCCUAGCUGGGCAAGCAUAACAUAUGGAGUUUUUCUCUGUAUUGAUUGUUCAGGGACCCAUCGAUCACUUGGUGUUCAUUUGAGUUUCAUUCGAUCUACAGAACUGGAUUCCAAUUGGUCUUGGUUUCAGCUGAGAUGCAUGCAAGUUGGAGGAAAUGCAAAUGCUUCUGCUUUUUUCCAUCAACACGGAUGCACAACAAAUGAUACCAAUGCAAAGUACAACAGUCGUGUUGCUCAGCUUUACAAGGAGAAGAUUAAAUCUCUUGCAACACAGGCAACAAGAAAGCAUGGUACUGAUCUGUGGACAGAUGGAUGUGGAAUGCCACCUGUGUCACCUCAAAACAAAGAGGAAGACUUUUUUGCAUCCCAUGUUUCUCCCAAGGCAAAGAAUACAGAGCAGGUGUUAUCAGAGCCAGCUUCUCUACAGCAGAAAACUCCAGAAAAUACUCCAGACUGCUAUGAAGGACCAGAACAUGGACCAAGUGUUGAUUGCCUCAGUACAUCACCAAAAGCUGCAUUAGAGAACACCACCUUCAUAAAAAAGAAGCCAAAUCAAGCUAAGAAGGGGCUCGGUGCCAAAAAAGGUGGUUUGGGGGCACAAAAAGUGAGCAGCCAAAGCUUUAAUGAGAUUGAAAAACAAGCACAAGCUGUAGAUAAAAUGAAGGAGCAAGAGGAUCUUCAUAGCAGUAAGAAAACUGAUAAGGAAGAGCCACUCGUAUCAUCUUUACGGUUGGCCUACAGAGAUCUUGAUGUUAAAACAAAAGAAGAAAAUUUAAUUCUAUCUGGUAAGAAGAAAACUGAAUUGGAGAGGCUUGGCAUAGGAUUUGGCAGCAACAGAAGUGGCAUUUCUCACUCAGUCACCUCAGAUAUGCAAACAAUAGAGCAGGAAACACCUGUAAUUGCAAAGCCAAAGAAAAAAUACACCGAUGAUGUAGAAGACUCAUAUUUCUCUGCUAGUUCAAGGUACUACGAUUCUUCAGAUUUAAGGAGCAGCACUUUCUCUAAAUGGGAUGACGAUUCAGACUCCUUUUGGAAGAAAGAAAACAGUAGUAGAGAUGUUGAUGUAAUGUUAACUUCAAAAAGUACAGGAUUUUCAGACAGGCCGGCAUCUCGUCGUAAGCCCGAAUAUGAACCACCUUUAAACACAGAUGAGGCACAAAAAAAAUUUGGCAAUGUAAAAGCAAUUUCAUCAGACAUGUAUUUUGGAAGGCAAGAUCAAGCUGAUUAUGAAGCAAGGGCUCGACUAGAAAGACUUUCUGGAAGCUCAUCUAUAAGUUCAGCUGACUUGUUUGACGAUCAGAAAAAACAACCAACAGGAAACUACAAUAUUACAAAUGUCUUGCCUUCAGCUCCUGAUAUAGCUCAGUUUAAACAAGGUGUGAAAUCAGUGGCUGGAAAACUUUCUGUACUUGCUAAUGGGGUCAUGACAUCAAUACAGGAUCGAUAUGGUUCGUAACAUCUUUUGUAUCGACAUAAUUAGGUACACUAAAGAAGGAUUUCUCUUCAGAUAUACAAAUAAUCACACUGCUGAUUGGAGUGAAGGUUGCCUUAAGACUGUUGAUGUUUUUACUUGUUCCAGCAUAUUUUUUUCCUUAUGCAGCUUUCUGGCUCAGCCUCUUCCUACUCCUGUUUCCUCUU